AUGUCGAGCUCAAGGAGAAGCAAGGGUCGUCAAAAGAUCGAGAUGAAAAAGAUGAGCAACGAGAGCAACCUCCAAGUCACAUUCUCAAAGCGUCGUAGUGGGCUUUUCAAGAAAGCCAGUGAGCUUUGCACCCUCUGUGGUGCUGAUGUUGCUCUCGUUGUGUUCUCACCUGGUGAGAAAGUCUUUUCCUUUGGCCACCCCAAUGUUGAUGCUGUGAUAGAUCGAUAUCUGAUGCGAGCACCACAACAAAACUCUAGCACCAUGCAGUUCAUUGAGGCUCACCGCAGUGCCAACGUGCGUGAGCUCAAUGCACAACUCACUCUGAUCAGCAACCAGCUUGACACUGAGAGGAAGCGCUGCGAAGAGGUUAACCGUAUGCGCAAGGCAACUCAGGCUCAGUUUUGGUGGGCUUUUCCCAUUGAGGACAUGAAUAGGGCUCAACUUGAUCAAUUCAAAGUGGCCUUGGAGGAGCUCAAGAAACAUAUCACUCGCCAUGCUGAUAGGCUUAUCAUUCAGAGUGCUACUAACCCAACUCAGUUUUUUGUAGGCAACUCCUCUUCCAACCCAAUGCAUCAGCCACCUCCACCACCACCUCAGGUGUUUCUGCCACACAUGAUUCAGCCACCAAUGCUUCAGAACCCUAUGCUGCAGAAUCAUAUGUUUGAUGGAAGCAUGAUGCGCCACCAUGGCUUUAACAACAUGGGAGGAGGGUAUGGACCUGCUGGAUUUUUUUGA